UGAUUGACUUUACGUAGUGAAUUCUUGCAAGUUUAAAAAGCUAAACGUUCUAAAAGGGAAUUCUUCGGGCUUAUAUUCGUGAUUUACUUUGCAAAUUACCGAUUGAUGUUAUUUAAUGCCUUGGAYAAGUAACUAAUUCGCGAUGUAUAUUUGACGUGGCUUCCAAAACACCUCUGCGACAGCGUUUGGASCACGUUCUUCUCAACGAGCGUUGACUGGAGCGUUGGAGUUAGAAAUUGUAUAAUGGCACCUUCAAAUUCAAAACUUUUCAUAUGUUUUGUGCUUUUAAGCAUUUCUCUUCAAGUUUCGGGUGACUGCAAAGCCGGACCAUGUUUUCCUUCACCGAAGGAGAUAAAAAGCAAAUUCGAAGUGAAAGCGAACUCUACUUGUGGURUAGAUGGCCCAGAGAACUACUGCACUCCAWCUGAUCAAAGUUGUAAUACAAUUUGUAAUGCAGAACAACCAAACUUGAGACAUCCUCCGUCUUAUGUGAACGAUGCCCUAACACCAGUUACAUUCUGGAAAUCGAAGAAUGUAGAACGGCCUGUUUAUUUACAAAUGGACUUCAACUCUACAUUCAUGAUCUAUGUGUCUGCAAUGAAGUUUUAYUUCGAACUACCRGCAGCCGCUUACUUAGCUAAGUCUGUAGACUAUGGAAAAUCGUUCCAGCCUUUAGCUUAUUUUGCUACGGAUUGUAUGAAAUUUUUUGGUAUGUCCACAACCGCCUACAAUAAAAAGAAUGGGCUUGCGGUAGAAUGCUUCCUAAUCGACAAGCAGCUAAUGAGCGCAAAGCAGAUUGAUUAUCUSCCUAUGCAAGACYSYAWAGCAUCAGAWGGARUCAAAAMGAGUCAACA